AUUGUGCUGCCAGGAUUCGUGAACGCCCAUUCGCAUGCAUUCCACCGCCAUCUCCGGGGAAAAAGUGGAAUCGGUGGCAAAGCGGCGGACACCUUCUGGAAAUGGCGAGACAACAUGUACGCGCUCGUGGACGGCAUCACAACAGAGAAACUCUACGAGUACUGUUACACCACAUUUCGAGAGAUGCUGGAAGCAGGUAUAACUACUGUAGGAGAGUUCCACUACGUACAUCACGGCACGGGCAAAUUUGAUUUGGACUCCACAGUUCUGAAAGCAGCACAGGACGCUGGAAUCCGGAUCACCCUCAUUCAGGUAGACCGUUUCGAUGCUGCAGUAAUGAACUCAGUCUUUCAGGGCCCGUCGGACGUCCUACUAGAGAAUCUCGAAAUUGGCGCUCUCUUCUCGGCUGUCCAUGCCACCUACACGCCACUACCAAACAUGAAGAAGUUCACACAGCUUGGCGCGAACGUAGUCGUGUGUCCAUGCACAGAAGGAUAUCUGGGAGAUGGUAUUCCGCAUGUGAUAGAUAAUCAACACAUUAGCUUUGGCACUGACUGCAACAAUCGCAUCAGCUUUCUCGAGGAAAUGCGAUGGGCUUGCUAUUCUCAGCAGGUUCGGCUCAGCUAA